UCCGCCCCGACGAAAAGGGGAGCAACAGGAAGCAAGCAACUAGUGCUUAGUAGUCCUCCUCACCCCUAAAGAACCAGAAUAAAGUAAGGCCGGGAUCAUAUUGUUCCUGCAGAUCCACUCAACUACAGAGCCGAAAGCCUGCACGCCAGCUGUUGGUCUGGAUUCAGGUCCUGGUUCUGGUUUCAUGAGGAUGACUUCUUUAUAAUAAGCUUCAUAAGCUUGCCUACAUUACAGAAAAGAACCAGACGUGCGCCAUGGCCCAGGGCGCCAGCUUCCCCUACGAGGAGGUGGCGGAGAUCGGAGGCGGGGCCUACGGGACCGUGUACAAGGCGCGGGACACGGAGAGCGGGAAGUUCGUGGCGCUGAAGAGCGUCCGCGUGCAGACGGACCAGGACGGCCUGCCCAUCUCCACCGUCAGGGAGGUGGCGCUGCUCAAACGGCUGGAGCAGUUCGACCACCCCAACGUGGUCAGGCUGAUGGACGUGUGUGCCAUCCAGCGAACGGACUCAGAGACCAAAGUCACUUUAGUGUUUGAACACGUGGACCAGGACCUGAAGACCUACCUGGAGAAGGCUCCGGCGCCCGGCCUGUCCCAAGACCGCAUCAAGGACCUGAUGCGUCAGCUGCUGUGUGGCCUGGGCUUCCUGCACUCCAACCGCGUGAUGCACCGUGACCUGAAGCCGGAGAACGUGCUGGUGACCAGCGGGGGCCAGGUGAAGCUGGCCGACUUCGGCCUGGCCCGCAUCUACAGCUGCCACAUGGCCCUGACCCCCGUGGUGGUGACGCUAUGGUACCGGCCCCCUGAGGUGCUGCUGGGGUCCAGCUACGCGACACCCGUGGACAUCUGGAGCACCGGCUGCAUCUUCGCCGAGAUGUUCCGACGCAAACCGCUGUUCUGUGGAGAGUCUGAAAUGGACCAGUUGGGGAAGAUCUUUCAAGUCAUCGGCCUUCCGUCAGAGGAAGAAUGGCCCAAGGACGUCACCAUCACAAGGAAACAGUUCCUGCCUCCCAAUCACCCUCCAAUCACAGACUUUGUUCCGGAGUUGAGCGAGCAGGGGGCGGAGCUCUUGCUGGAAAUGCUCACCUUUGACCCGCUGCAGAGAAUAUCUGCUCUGAAUGCUCUGGAACACGAAUAUUUAAAGGAGGAGGAGACCGCGGACACGGACGGGAGCACGAGAGAGGGCGACGCAGUCCCCUAACCUCAGCUAGCGCCGUCUGACUCGUUACCAUGCAAAGGAUCUAGGACUCUGGAUUAUGGGACACACACACACACACACACACACACACACACACACACACACACACACACACACACACACACACACACACACACACACACACACACACACACACACACACACACACACACACACACACACACACACACACAUGCCUACCUACCUAGCUACCUACAUACAUACGUACGUAUGUAUUGCAACCAUACAUAUAGACUAACAGACAGGCACGCAUACUCCCAGUGGAUCUCUGAUUACAGGCUGAGAAUGGAAUAUGAUGAUGAUGAAGAGGAGGGUAUUAAGGGGAUCUUCGUCAUCUGCUCAACAUGUAAAACGUUACAAAUGAUGAUUUAUGUUUUCUGAAUGAAUAAUGUCAGUGUUUUUUGUCGGUCGGGUUCCGCACCAGACGUUGAUAAGAGGCGGCCCUUGUAUUCCAUCAUCAUUCCGUAUGGCCGUCGCUGCGUCACUCACUGAGCAGGACGUCUGCCAAGCUAAACAUGUGAGUGACCUCACGGUCUCCACACACACACACACACACACACACAGGGUGACACAGACCGCCGGUGAACCGUUUGCGUUCCGACGUCACUAGCCUCUUAUCAAGGUUGAACCCCUCCUGGAAAAACGGAGUGACAUUGUGUUCACCACGAAUGUACCGACGCACAACGUGUGGUUGUGUUUCUGGAGGAGGGGGAUGUGUUGUACCGAUGGUUUCCCCUCUUCCCUUUUUCAUCUGUAGCACCUCCUGCCAUGAACCCGCACUGCGAAGACCAAUUAUUAAAGCUGCUCUCACCA